AUGUCAUCCAAAAAGAGAUUGCGUGUCGAUUCUGCAAGUACGAUACUUGAGAGUCCAGAAGAAUCUGAAAGUGAUAUGGAAGUUUUGCCAGAAACAAACCAAAUGUUGGCCCGUAGCAUUAUGAAGAACAGGAAGAGAGACCAAGAUGGGAACAUCGUUAAUUGGUUGUUGAUCAAAUGUUUGAGAUACCAGAAAGACCUACCUGGUAUUAUUCAAUAUCGUUAUAGAUAUACAGAUCAGUACAGAUGUAUUAAUAUCUUCAAUCGUGGCCGGCCUCCAAUUUUAGUUUUACAGAAGGCUUUUAAAAGUUUAAUUCCAAUUUGUAAGGCAAAAAAGAAUGAUUUAGUAAAACUAUGCACCCAGGGAGUCAUUCCAAAUGAAUUACACUUGUGGUAUAAAUCACUACCAACUAGCAACCAGGCCAAAGAUUCUGUACCUGAACCUGCUCAAACAGAUUCUGGUGAAGAUGAUGAUGAAAGUGGAUCUGGUAACGAUACUGAAUAA